AUGCAAGGUGUUGCAGACAACAUUGUUCGAAUGGCGGCAAUCAAUAGAGAGAACUUGAUUUGUGAGUUGUCCGGUUUGAAAAAUAACAAACAAAUUGUACAGUUUGAUGUAAAACCCAAAAUUGGUUAUGUUUAUUCAUCAUAUUUGAUUCAGCAAUGUAACAGAGUACCAAACCUCACCCAAAGAGCAUCGUUAGUUCAUCAUUUAUUAGAGUCAUAUGGCCUUCUGGAACAUGUUUUAUCAUUAACUUGUGAUAAGGUUAAUGAUGAUGUUAUGAGAGGAUUUCAUUCUUCUGAUUACCUUGAUUUCCUGAAAGGUGAUGUGGAUAUUGAGGAUGAAAGCAGUGAAGAAUUUGGUUUGGGAUAUGACUGUCCUCCACUUGAGAACCUUUAUGAUUUUAUUGCUGUGAUAGCUGGUGGAUCUGUGGCAGGAGCUAAAGCUCUUGUUUCUGGUUCUGUUGAUGUGGCUGUAAAUUUCUGUGGGGGUUGGCACCACGCCCAAAGAGAUGGUGCCUCAGGAUUUUGCUAUGUCAAUGACUGUGUUCUUGCCAUACUAGAAUUAGAAAAAAAAUUCAAACGGGUACUUUACAUUGAUCUGGAUAUUCACCAUGGAGAUGGAGUGGAAAAUGCCUUUGCGUACAGCCGCAAAGUAUUUACGUUGUCGUUGCACAAAUAUGAAGAAGGUUACUUUCCUGGUACAGGUGCAGUCCAAGACGUUGGUUUAGGUCAAGGAAGGAAUUAUUCAUGCAACGUGCCACUCAGAGAUGGAGCUUGUGAUGAAACCUUUAUCCACGUUUUUCAAACUGUACUCCAAGAAGUAAUGGUGCGAUUUCGUCCGGAAGCAAUUGUCUGUCAAUGUGGAGCAGAUGGUCUGGCUAACGAUCCAUUAGGAACGUUUAACUUGACAUCCGACGCAUACGCCCGUUGUACCGCUGUCAUUCAAGGUUAUGGAUUGCCCAGUCUGUACCUUGGCGGGGGCGGUUAUCACAAGGCAAAUGCGUCCCGUUGCUUCACAACAAUUUUGGCGUCCCUAUUAGGCGAAAAACUUUCAACUGAUAUUCCUGAACAUGACUAUUUCGAUUGGUACGGCCCAAGUUUCGAAUUGGACAUAAGCAAAGGCCUUCGGCGGGACGAAAACAGUCCCGAGUACAUCCGCAUCCUUUUACAGCAAGUUUUGGGCAACCUGAAGCUGAUCUCUAGCGAGUCGUGAACGUCUCGGACCAUGAGAAUCCCCCUUAGCCAUUAUUGGAAUUUUUUAGAAGUUUUCCCAUAAUCAGCAUUUUACAUAAGCAUAGCUAGAUGACAAUUGAACGAUGACGCCAACUAUUUUAUAGAUUAGCCACUAUCGAAUAUCUGGUGUCACAAUAUUUAGACAACGUUCCUUACCUUUUCAUAUUUGUUUUAGUUUGCGGAUCUCAAUUUGAUGCAUUUACAGAUGUGUGUUCACUGAAACAAUAAGGGAUUUGACAGACAGCGAUAAUCAAGUGGAAUUGCGUGGAUGUAUUUAAGACCAAGCCUACCUCAUCGUUGACAUAUGAAUCCGAAAAUGGACAUGUGCGUUGGCUAACUGUUGUUGAAAUCAUCCACCUACGCUAUUGUUGCCUAGGACGUUGGAUUUGAUAAAACGUGAAACGAAGAGAGCAAAGGGCGAGGAUUCAGGUCGGUUUUCCCGACUUUCACAUGAGAUCAUCGCCGUACAUGCCAUCGUUUAUAAGUAUUAUUUUUCUUGCUCAGUAGCACCCCCAGAGUAGAUAAAAAGAAACGAAAGUCCAAAACCAAGUAAUAAACAACUAAUCUUUUUCGAUCUA